GGAGCUCCCUGAGGGUAGGCGGGGGGCCCUGUGUCUCCUGCUUCCCCUGUCCCCCUUCCCAUGGUGGUGACCGACGGCCUCUGCCUCCUUUCUCAAGGCCCUUCGGAGGGACCGAGAGAGGCCAGGCUCUCCUUCUUUGCCAGAACGCCAUGCUCCUAGUCUAGGCAGAUGGAGGUUGUGAGGUCCAGAGAGGACAGAGCUCUGUGAGGGAGGCCUCCCAGAGGACCGGCAGGCAGACCCGGCAGAAGCCACCUGCUUCUGACAAUGAGGGAGGCCGCUUUCCUUCUCUUCCGCGUCAUUCUAAUUCCGCUUCAGGCCCGGGGUGCUUUUAUAGCGAGACAAAUCUGAGCUGAUGAAAUCACAGUUACCCCUGACUCAUUUCAACAUGGGCGGAGCCCCUCUCAAAACUACAAUUCCCGUGAUCCCUUAGGGGAAGUGGGGGAACGAGUCGGCGCGUGCGAGCGGUUAGUCAUCCUUUCCAGUUUCCUACCUCCGCUCCCUCGGCCCCGGUCUCGACGGGCACGCGCGCGCCUGUACGUGUCUUCGCGUCACGCAAUACGUACUCUGGGGCCUCUUUCACUCUACCGGAGCCCCCGACGGGUUCUACUGACUGGGACGAGACCCGGAGACGGGAGAGCCGUGCCCGUGACACGCCGUGCGCGCGCCCUGAGGGACGGCUGAAGGGAGUGUGUUCGUGUGUGUGUAUGUGUGUAGGGGGGGAGUUGUGUGUGCGUGUGUUGUGUGUCAGGGGGCGGGGGCCCUGGUUGCCGGCCUGCCCGGCGGCUGCGGUGAAACAGAGCGGGCGACGCGGGGGCGAUAGCGACGGCUGCCGGGCUUCUGUCCAUCUGACCGUCCGUCCGUCCGGGCCCGAGCGGGACGAUGCUGUGGUUCCAGGGCGCGAUCCCGGCCGCCAUCGCGGCGGCCAAGCAGAGUGGAGCAGUCUUCGUGGUCUUCGUGGCAGGUGAUGAUGAACAGUCUAUACAGAUGGCUGAAAGUUGGGAGGAUGAAAAGGUUACAGAAGCUUCCUCGGACAGUUUUGUGGCAAUUAAAAUUGAUACCAAAAGUGAAGCAUGUCUACAAUUCUCACAAAUCUAUCCUGUAGUAUGUGUCCCAUCCAGUUUCUUUAUAGGGGAUAGUGGAAUUCCCUUGGAAGUAAUAGCAGGAAGCAUUACAGCAGAGGAGCUUGUUAACAGAAUUCACAAAGUCAGACAGAUGCACACACUAAAAAGUGAAGCAUCGAUUGGAAUUGGGAGCCAAUCAGCUAAUCUAGUUUCUAACCCUUGUUCUUCUUUUGAACAUAACAACACUUCAGAAAAUUCUCAAGCCAGAAAUGUAGAACUUUGUGAAACACCAUCCACAUCUCCUGAUACACAAUCAAGCUUUUCUAUAGGUGGAGAAAAUUCAGGUCAUACCAGUCCCACUCAGGAAGCCAAUGAUUGUUCAGAUGAGAGAGUGAUGAGUCACCAAGCUGAAGAAGACCUCACAGUUAAAGUCGAGAGACUAACAAAAAAACUUGAAGAAAGACGAGAAGAGAAAAGGAAAGAGGAAGAACAGAAAGAGAUUAAGAAGGAAAUCGAUAGAAGGAAAACUGGUAAAGAAAUGUUGGACUAUAAAAGAAAACAGGAAGAAGAGUUGACAAAAAGAAUGUUAGAGGAGAGGAACAGGGAGAAAGCAGAAGAUAAAGCAGCUAGGGAACGGAUAAAGCAGCAGAUUGCUUUGGAUCGGGCAGAAAGGGCAGCGCGUUUUGCAAAGACAAAGGAAGAAGUAGAAGCUGCCAAAGCUGCAGCUUUAUUGGCCAAACAGGCUGAAAUGGAAGCUAAGAAAGAGUCUUCUUCACGAGAAAGAAGUGCUAUUGCAAGAAUUCAAUUCCGCCUUCCAGAUGGAUCUUCCUUUACAAAUCAGUUUCCUUCUGAUGCUCCUCUAGAAGAAGCAAGACAAUUUGCUGCACAGAUGGUUGGUAAUACUUACAGUAAUUUUUCUUUGGCUACCAUGUUUCCAAGGAGGGAAUUUACCAAAGAAGAUUACAGAAAGAAAUUAUCAGAGCUUGAGCUUGCACCAAGUGCUUCGGUGGUGCUUUUACCAGCAGGAAGACCUGCAACAUCUGUGGUACAGUCGUCAAGUGGAGAACUGUGGAAGUUUUUGGGAACCGUACUUUACCCAUUCUUUGCUAUAUGGAGAUUGAUUAGCAACUUCUUAUUUACCAGUCCUCCUCCUUCUCAGACUUCAAUAAGAUCAACACCUUUGGAGCACACAAACCCCACAGCAUCUGGCAGCUCAGAAAACAGAGAAGGAGUCAGGAAAAGAGUGCUAGAAAAACGUGGAGAAGACUUCAAAAAAGAAGGAAAAAUAUAUAGAUUGAGGACUCAAGAUGAUGGUGAAGAUGAAAACAACACUUGGAAUGGAAAUUCUACCCAACAAAUGUAGUUUGACAAGUUACACAUGGGCAAUAAUCAUUGUUUCUCUUAUGAUUUAAUUCAACUAAAACUCUACUGGACAAUUGGGGCAGCUGUAUGUUUUACUGACAGGUCUCUAUAAUGUCUCUCUUUAUUCUUGCGUAGAGAGGGUAUGGGUUGAAGUUGCCUAACUCAGAAAAGUCAAGAGAUAGUGUAGCUGACAAAUAAGAUUUUGCAUAUGGUAAUCAGCAGCUAGCUCAAAGAAUCAAAAGGAUUCAUAAAACCUCCAUCAGCUUUCAAAUUCAGUAUUUCAUACACUCACAAUCCCAACUAUGCUGAGAAGGUGGCACUUUAUAGUUUGCUCCCAAAAUCUUGGGGCCCAUACAACUGGUAAGCCACAGAAUAAUUUGACUUUGUGUCAGAAGCAUUCUAUUCUAGUUAGCCAAUCAAAUGAUAACUUAUGUUUAACUUUUCUCUAUCGCUCUGCAACUGCAAGCCAAAUCUUGUAGUUUUUAAUCUGUUAUUCAAAUGCUAAAUAAAAAUCUUUUCCAAAAAAACUGAUUGUUAGUAUUUCUAUAUAAAAGUUUUUAGUCAUCAGGACUUUUUGAGUUUAUAUGACCUCCCUGUUUCUUAUCUACCAGUCUUAGUAAAGUGGAGAGACUUCUUUUCCUUAAAUAUCUCCAGAGGAAGAGAUUCAUCAAUAGCCAUGGAUAACGUCCUUUGUUAUAAAUUCCUUUGUCUGCCAUUUGUUACAGACUUUUUAAUUCUAUCCUCUGCACAUACACAACCUUUUUUAAAAAGUAGGUUUUUUUUUUCCUCUUGGUUUUCGAUAAUUCAUUAAAAAAUGACUUUGGUAGAAUACAGUCCAUGGAGUAAUGAUUGGGUCAAAAUGUCCUGUGAACCUUAGAGCUAGAUAAGAUAGGUGGCAAUGUUUAGAGAAUUGUCUAGUUCUAUACAUUAUUACAAUUUAAUUAUUUUUCUUUUCUUUUUCAGGUUAAAUUAUAUUUUUGUCACUUAUAUGUUGCUCUAAAUUAUUGAGAUACCUUAUCUGUCUUUAACCUUCUUAGAAACACUUUCUUGGAGUUUUUCAUUUUUUGAUAGAGAAUUUUCUUGUGCUUUCCACUAAAUAAAUUAGUUAUCAUAGAA